UACUUGCUCACCCUCACCUUGAACCACCACCACCAUUACCGGACUCGAACCGCUAUUAGCUUAUUACAAAUAAAUCCUGCUUUUUGUAAAAAUUGAGCACUUGUAAUGGUCGUACAAAGCAAACACUUUCUCAACACACCGCCUUCUCUCGUGGUUGACUCUCUGCGAGGACUAUGUGCUCUUAAUCCCCAGAUCGCCCUUGAUGAAGCGAAUAAAGUUGUGCACAUCGCUUCUCCUAACCGUUCCAAGGUCGCUCUUGUAUGCGGUGGGGGAUCUGGCCACGAGCCGGCCCACCCCGGUUUUGUUGGGGAGGGCAUGUUGACGGCUGCCGUCUGUGGAAAUGUGUUUGCUUCACCCAGUGCGAGUCAGGUUCGUCAGGCUAUCAACUUGGUAGACAAUGACAAAGGGACUUUGAUCGUAGUAAAGAACUAUACGGGGGAUAUCCUCAACUUCGGACUGGCAAAGGAACAUUAUGCCGCUGCUCAUCCAGAGAAAGCCGACAAGGUCAAGUUUGUGAUCGUGGCUGAUGACGUCGCCGUUGGGAAGACACAAGGAAGCAUCGUUGGUCGAAGAGGCCUUGCGGGCACUUGUCUUGUGUACAAAAUUGCUGGUGCCUUGGCCCAUCGAGGUGCAUCGCUUGACGAAGUCUACAACACCGCGCAAUACGUUACCUCUCGUCUCGGGACCAUAGGUGUCGGUCUCGAGCACUGUCAUGUCCCAGGAACAGCUGUUCCCGAAAGUCAUCUCGGUGCGCAGGAACUUGAGAUUGGGCUGGGAAUCCACAACGAGAGUGGCUUUCGCCGCGUCUCCCCAGUUCCGCCUCUGAACGAGCUCAUUCCCAGCCUUCUGGAGAUGAUAAUCUCCACCUCCGAUGCAGAGCGCUCGUUUGUUCCUUUCAAAGGCGGGAGGCAAGAUCGGGUUGUGCUCCUUGUCAACAACCUCGGCGGCUUGAGUGCUCUUGAGCUUGGAGCCGUCACGGGUGAGACGACUCGUGCGCUUGGCGCAUCCGGAAUCAAAGUAGAGCGCGUGUUGUCUGGUAGCUUCAUGUCCAGCUUGAAUAUGCCUGGGUUCUCCAUCACACUUUUGCUUCUUCCCGGUGCGAGCGAGACGUCCGCUCCUUCCUCUGAUCUCAUUCUGUCGCUGCUGGAUCAAGAAACGAGCACGCCUGGCUGGGUAUGGUCGUCCAAGGCUCAGCCAUCUGCUGUGGCUGCCACUUCACGAGUAGCCCUGGCGUCUGAUUCCAACAAGAGUGACACGAAGCUGAAAGCGGAGAACCCGACGAUAUUCAACCAGGCCCUCAAGAAGGCAUGCGAAGCACUUGUUGCUGCCGAACCUGAAAUUACGAGGAUGGACAGCAUUGCAGGCGACGGCGAUUGCGGGCUAACACUCAAGGCGGGUGCUUCAGCUGUGCUCAAGAAGCUCGAAGAGGGCGUUAUCACCGGAGAGGAUGUCGUCGGCAGUGCGAUCACCAUUGCUGAUGUCGCAGAAAAUAACAUGGGAGGGACCAGCGGAGCACUCUACUCGAUCUUCUUCUCUGCGCUAGCACAGAACCUGAUCACCAGCGCCUCUGGCUCUGAAGCGACCUCUGCGACCUGGGAGAAAGCCCUCCGAGGCGCACUCGAUAGGCUGUACACGUACACUCGUGCCCGUCCUCCCUCGCGCACUCUCGUCGACCCUCUUGCAGCAUUCGUUAGUAACCUGUCCCAGGGAUUCACGUUCGCCGUCAAGGCUGCAGGGUCCGCAGCUGAGGAAACUGCCAACCUCGCGGCCAAAGCAGGCCGUAGUGCAUACGUCGAAGGCGAGCGUCUCAGAGCGGAGAAGAUUCCUGAUCCCGGCGCUUGGGGAGUCAAGGUUGUUCUCGAAGCUCUGUAGAGAAAUUGACGAUGAGAAGGGAGAAUAUACAUGUACAAUAGCAGACCUUAAGCCGCUGGAAUGUAUCAGUAUUGUCAAGACUCAUAUGAGAUUGGAUUAUGAGAACUCUAUGGAUUUGCACUCAGGUUGAGACACUGCAUCGCGAGGGCCGAAUUGCUAUUGAAGUAUGUAUGCGUGGGCAUUCUAUAACCAAAGAACCAGUAACGUAUGAUAAUAUGCUGUGUUAAUAAUGGAGAGCAAAGUGAGCGGUGAGUGGUGGUGUGGGGUCAUUAAGGAUCCUACUAAUAGCAGCGGGAAAGCACGUAAGUAAAGCGGCCCAAAAACGAAGUCUACAAAUAUGCGCGGGCGGACCGUCGAGCCAUCUCAACAAUCUUCCAACCGCCGGUGAGCUCAUCAUUGAUUUCCUCUCGUAUCCGCGUGACGACGGCGGCGUACAUGCACUGCUCGACACGGUCCUCGGCACCAACAACGAUUUCACCAUUCUUGGCAUUGCGGAACAAGAGCACUUCCUGUGUGGCGAAGGUGAUGACGUAUACUGGCACGUCGUUCUCGAGGAUUUUGCCGUCGGAAACGUCAACUUGACGGAUAUCAAGUACUCUGCUGUCGCUGAUAAGACCCUGCUUCAGGUAUUGCUCCAUUGUUGCCCACAGCACAUUAUACGUGGCCUCUCCACACCACUUCUGCAACGACUCCUGAUCUGCGCUAAGGUACGCGUCCACGACCUCGGGCACAAUAUACUCUCUCAGCUCGCGCUCGAAUGCCUCACGCGUGAAGCUCGGAUCCAUCAUGCGCAUCAGACGCGUUACCCGCGCCGUCUCGUUCUCGUCGAACCACGAACCGAUAGUAUCAGUGACACCACGCACGGACAUAACGACUGGAUUCUCAGAUUCGUCGUACGCCGUGCGCAUUUCCACAAGACGCCGUAGAACAGGAUUGUUCUCCUUCAUCUUGUUCCAUGCUUCCUGCCGUGGCGAGUCCUUAUGUAGGACCAUGGCUUGGCCAGCUUCUGGAUCCUCCUCGACAAACGUAGCGCCUGAGCCAAAUCCUCUGUUUUUGCCAGCCUUGGCAAGACGGAUCUGUCUUCGCAAUCGGCGGGCCUCCUUCUCCUCGUAGCCUGCAUGCUUUGCACUGCCGCUAUCAUCCAACGCGUCAAUGAGCGUGUCGGAGAAAGCCUUGUAAGCCGCAGUAUUACGAAUGGGCUCUGUCGACUUCGCAAUAGUUGUUGAGACGGUGUUGGUGGCUCGAGAUAUGGCGCGCAUGAUUUCGCUUUCUUCCAUUGUCCUGAGAGCCUCGGAGACGGCAUCGCCAACCUUGACUCCGCUUUUUCGCAGCUGCUCUGCUGCUACCCGGAGUCGAGGGUUUUCCUUGAUGCUCGACGCAAGCCUCGCCCGCUCAUAAGCCUCGCGUGCCUUCUUCAUUGCCUCAAGGUCCUGGAUUUUGCUGACAUCACCCUGCAGCUGUUUCAUGUUGUCCUGGAGCUCCCUAUUCUUCUGGAGCUCCUCCCUGAGUACCUCCACGAACGUCUGAAAGGGUGACUUUGGUAUUUCGUUCCUCCGAGACGAAGACGCAUGAAAUGAACGGGCCCCAAGAGUGACAGGAGCAGCCCUCUGUAUCCG